AUGCCGCACCGUCCCGCUCGCCCCGUAAGAGAUGUCGAUGCCACGGCGACUCGCUCACGACGUGGUGUGGGGGGGGUGAACAUCACCAGCCAAUCACCUGUGGUGCGGGGGACGCUGGGGGGCUCCGCCCUGCUCUCCGUCAGCUACACCAGCUCCAGCUCCGACCGGCCCGUCAUCAAGUGGCAGCUCAAGCAGAGCAAGCCCAUCACCGUGGUCCAGUCCAUCGGCACUGACAUCAUCGGGAACCUGCGGCCGGAGUACCGUGACCGCAUUCAGGUGUUUGAGAACGGGUCCCUGCUCUUGCACCAUCUGCUGCAGUCAGACGAGGGGGCAUACGAGGUGGAGAUCUCCAUCACAGAUGACACCUUCACUGGGGAGAAAUAUAUCAACCUCACUCUAGACAUGCCGGUGUCUCGGCCAUACGUGCACAUGGUGGCCUCGUCCGUGCUGGAGCUCAAUGAGCUGUUUGCGCUCAACUGCUCCCAUCAGACCGGCACCAAGGCCUCCUACAGCUGGACCAAGGGCGGCAAGUCCCUGGCCAAUGACACGCGUCUGCUACUGUCACAUGACCAGCGGCUGCUGACCAUCAUGAGGGUGCUGAUGUCGGAUGACGACGUGUACAGCUGCAGCGUGGAGAACCCUAUCAGCACCAUGAGGAGUGCACCUGUGAGGCUCACCGUCUACCGCCGCAGCUCGCUGUACAUCAUCCUGUCCACCGGGGGCAUUUUCCUGCUCAUCACCCUGGUGACCGUGUGUGCCUGCUGGAAGCCCUCCAAAAAGAAGAAGAGAGAGAGGAUGCUAAGAAAGGCUGCUGAGGAAAGGAUCAGUAACCAUGAGGUGGACGUGGUUCCCAGGAGGAGUGAGCGGAGGAAGCCCAUGGCCCUGUACGUCCUCAACGAGUCGGAUUACCCCGAGGACGAGGUGGACACCAGCUGUGCCGUGCACCCCUGUGACCCGUCCAGUCCCGCUGGUUACCACGGCACCCUCCCUCCCCCCUCUCAGGUUCCCGAGUCCUUGCCCCAGUCCACCCGGAAGUACCCCCGCACCCCUGUGCCCUCCCCUUCUCCUCCCCCCCACAGCAACCCCCCCUCGGCUCCUGGCUCGCCCCCCGAGCUCAGAGGAACGGGUCGCAAACUCCGCUCCGCUGUGGUUACACCCCCACCCCAGCACACAGAAGAACCCCUCGACACCCCAGACCCCACCGCCCACAACCACGUAUAAGCAUGAAUAUGCCAAACACACAUACAUGUAAACAACCGCCACCCCUCAGAACAUGACACACAUACACAUAUAACCCCCCCCCCCUU